AUGGCGGCGGCAGCAGGAGUUGGGAGGGGUGGCGGCGGAUUGGGGCGGCGGCUGGUGGCCGCAGCGAGGGUUGAGGUUGAGGCCUUGGGGCGACGAGUACGGCCUCGAGAUGUUCGGGCUGCUUUGGUGGGAUUGGGGUCAGAGAUUCGUGCUAUUGGGCGGCAGCUGGGUGAACUGGGAGCUGAAGGCCACGUGCGCCUGCAUGAGCGGCCGCAUUGUCCAGGCGUGCUCGAGCUCGUCCUGGACUCUCCAGCUCGCCGCAACGCCAUGAGUGGCGCCAUGCUCGAUCAAAUGGGGCAGCAUGUACUGAUGCUGGCCGAGCCCGCCACUGUGCCUUGCCAGGGCUUGGUAUUGCGGGGUGACACGGCAGCGUUUUGCUCCGGGUCGCACCUUCAACUCUUACGCAACUGCUCGGCCAGCGACGCUGCCCUCAUGUGCGACUACAUGCAAGCCGUUACAACUCUCUUGCAGCUUCUUCCCGUUCCCAUCAUCACAUUAGCUGAAGGCCCAGCGAUUGGGGGCGGCGGCGAGCUCUUUAGCCUGACAGCCGCAGAAGCAUUGCAGCUCGGCCUGGCGACGCACAUGUCAGCCGAUCAGCUAUUUGCCAACUUUGCCAAAGCCGACGGUCCAAGGGAAUGGAUGUCGGAUACGAAAGAUCUUGCAAUGGCAAAUUGGACCGAGCAUUGUGCGUGGCCCGCCUGGCUCCUGGUUUCAACCUACGAUCGAGCUGAUUGCGCUUGCACUCACGCCUGUCCAAACGCCACGGUAGUGCUCGAGGAUCUGGAGGAGGAGCAGGCCCGGUUUGCCCAGCUUGCCGCUCGUUUCAGCGCACGACACAGCCCGGGCUCAGCUUCAUAG